AUGCAAGGAUAGCCAUUUUCUAGGUGGAAAGAAUAUCAUACCGGGUGCCGCAGAAUUCAAUAUGCAAUCUUUUGACAGUAAAUAUACAUUUUAAAGAAAAAUUGUGGAAAAUAUCAAGUGUAUAUAUAGUACAUAUAUAAAAGAAAUAUGCCAAUGUCUUGUAGUAUACUUGGUUGUCCAAGUAGAUAUUCUAAGGGAGGAAAUAUCAAAUUUUUUCACUUUCCUUUCAAAGAUGCGUGUCAAUUGACAGCCUGGUUGAAUGCAAUAAAAAGACAAGAUUGGACUCCUAGUAAAUAUGAUAGAAUUUGUAAUGAACAUUUUACUACAAAUGAUUAUUUGCAUCGUCCAGAUGCUCAUUAUACACAUUUAAAACCAACAGCAGUACCUUCUAUAUUUCCUUCAUCCAUAAAAAGUAAUAGAAAAAAUCAGUGCAAAAUCAUGAAAAUAGACAAUGAAAAUGAAAAAGAUGAGAUAGAUGCUAUAGAAAAAAAUAGCAAAAUUCAUGAGAACUGUCUUACAAAUAUUCACAUUAAGAUAAACAGUACAAUAGAACAAGAUAUAUAUGAUUCACGUGUUAAUAUCCAAUCAGAAGGUGAAAAUAUUGAAAAUGUACAUACAAUAGUAGAUGUAACAGAGGAAUCAAAUGUAAAUAGUGACAUCAAUGUAGAAACAUAUGAUCCAGGCACAGUUGAAACGGAAGAUCCAUGCAUGAUAUCUUCAUCAAUAUAUGAAUCAAUGAAUAUUGAAGAAAACCAAAUAAAUGACUAUGAUAAUUUAGACUGUUCAAAGUUGCACCGUAUAAAGAAAUCACCAACUCUUACUGAAAUAAAUUUACGCCAUAAAAUUCGUAUAUUACAACAAAAAUUACGUAGGAGAGAUGCUAAAAUAAUAUAUUUACAACGGGUUUUAACAAAUUUAAAACAAAAGCAAUAUAUUUUAUCUGCCAUCCAACGUCUAUAAGAAAUAUUGGACAUCAUUAAUUAAUACACAAUCAGGCUAACUAAAGGUAUUAUCAGACAUAAUGUAUUACUACAAACAAUAUAUGUAAACAUAAAACUUUUCCUUAUGUUAUGUCCUUAAUUUUCUAACAUGCAUAGUCUUUAUGUUAAUUAUGUUUUCUUAAGAUUUUAAAUAAAUUUCAU